GGUAGAGGAGGAGCGCACAUCGACUGAUUCCAGAGUCAGGAGUAUUUCUCUCAGACUCUCUCAGACUGCAACUCCAUUUACAGACAUGGGGUGUAGGCUGCCAAAGCUACGGAAGACAGAAGAGAGGAGAAGCCCAGGAAACAUCUACUCCACUCUCCGGAGGCCUCAGGUGGAGACUAAAGUGGGAGUGUCGUACACCUACCACUUUCUGGAUUUCCUGUUGGGGAAAGAAGAGGUGCCGGUGUCAUCGGUGCUAUGCCUGUCCUCGGUCAGAGAGUUACCUGUGCAGGUGAGGGAACUCUACGCCCAGGGAUUUGUCUUGGUGGCAGUCCACCCGUUCGUUCACUCCUGCGGGCCUCGACAUGCACACAUCCAACGACAGCUUCACCGAGCCGUGCUGGUCCGUGAGACGCCAAGCUCAGAGAAGAGCCAGAUGAGGUGGGCCAGACAGCGCUUGGAGACAGACGUUUGCGUGGCGGGUCACCAGGCCGCUGACCCAGAAGUCAUCCAGAGCUACACCAAGAAGAUCCAAGAUGUAGCAGAACAAGGGAUGAUGUUCGUGGGCUUUCUUCAGCAGCCCGGUGGUGGACCCUACUUUUUAGGGCAGUUGGACCCCGAGGAGCUGUCGUCCUUGCAUUCCAGCCCUUCACCCAUCCAUCGAAGCCCCUUCAGCACCAGCAACAGCCAAUCAGAGCUGACAGAGUUACAUUAUAACAGCGUGGAGCCUGACCUGCACUGUACUGUACCUCAAGACCUCGGGAACCUAGAGUGUAGCUCACAGCAUAUGGCUGCAGGAGAAGUGGACUUCAUCCCUCUGAAGGCCACCCAGAGCUCAGAGCUGGGCUCAUACAGAUCUGCACAGCAGCCUGAAAGUCCAGACGGAGUCCACAGAUGUCCGACUCAGCAGCAGGAGGAGCCGCUGCACAGAGACUCCACAGAGAGACACCUGAACCUCCUGAAUCAGAGAGAACGACCAGGUGACAGUUGGCUCAGUUCCCCUGAACUGCAACUCAACCAUAGAAAGCGCUACAGCUCUGUCUGUCCAAAUGGACAAAGCAGAGACAGGACACACAACAACAACCACAUCUGCCUCAGGAGUACGGAGAAGGACAAGAACACAACUUUACCACCUGCCCAGGCCAGAAUCCAGCUCUUUGCACUGUACAACCACACAGGAGAACUUAACACCGCUCUGAGGUUCUACUCGCUAAGGGUUCCACUUCGGCUACAGAAGGAGGCCGGGCUUAUCACAGGAGUGGACGCAAACUGGCUCGAUCACAUGACGCAACAUUUCAGCAGCGGCGCGCAGCUCAUUGAUGGCUUUUUCCACCUCGAAGAUAACACGGAGAGUGGGGUUUCAUCUGUGGACAGCGUGUUCGUCUUUAAGAGCUCUGCGGAGGAGACCUCGAACGUCCGCUACGAUGCCAUCGUGGUGGAGCAGUGGACCGUCGUUGAUGGUGUUGUGGUGAAGACAGAUUACAUCCCACUCCUCCAGUCUCUGGCUCCAUUUGGAUGGAGGCUGAUGUGUGUGUUGCCUACACCGAUAGUGAAGACCAACAGUGACGGGAGUUUGUCAACCAAGCAAAUCCUCUUCCUCCAGAGACCGGUUUUACAGCGCAAAAGAAAGGACUUCAAGAUGCUGAACCUCAGGGGUCGCAGCAAGGCGAAGAAGAACUCUGCUGAAGAUGAGAGGCAGAUCAGACACUCUGCUGUGAACGAGGCAGAGAUGGACACUUUAGGAAGAAACACAAAACAUGAGGAAAAGGAAAUGGAAAUGAGGAAGAGCAGGGCGGAAAGGCCGCAGUCUCAGGAUGGUGGGAAAAACAGGGCCGCGGACGUGACGCAUCAACACGGCUUCCUGUUCCUGUCGGGACGCAGGGGUUCUGUUGAGGACCAGGAGGAGGAAACUGAUGUGGACAUGAUCCCUCUGUCCAGGCAGGAGAAGACAGUGAGAUGGACAGAUGUGUGUCAGAGCAUCGACGGAGAGAUGAUGGAGAAGGUGAAGAUGGAGGAGCGGAUCAAACACCAGCUUUUCUCUGGUGUCUGUUGAAACACUGGGGACAAGACAACACCAGGUACCAGACCUUUUCAUACAGUUCCAGGUCCCUGUGGUGGGAGCACAAACAGUUCCUGGUUCUACGGUUCCUCAAACGGAUUCAUCUUCAGUCAGUGAAACAGGUCAGUUCUUCAAAAAGAAAAGUCUGUUUGAAGAGUAUUUAAAAAAAUCUGUAUUUUGAACUUCUACAGUACGAACUGUAGCAAAGACGUCUGUCUGUUUAGGAUGUGAGUUUGUUUCGUUUUUUGUUGAUGUGGUUCUGACGACGACUGUAGGGAACAGUUACAGGAAAGUCUCCAGUUUAAGCCUUACGCUGUCUGUGUCACGUGGUUUAUUUUUUGUUGUAUUUCUAGGACCAACUGUAGCAGAAGUUCAUUCGUAUGUUCACCUAGUCAACAGAUUAUUUGUAUCUCAUUACAGACAUCAGUGUUCCUUCACCUGCUGACCAACAAUAAACAUUCAUAGAGCAGAAAAAAACAAAACAGUGGUAGUGAUUUAUGGUUAUUCAAAAAUAUAUAUUUAAAAAAUUGAAACUGCCUCAACAGAGAGUUACUGAAUUAGUCAGGCACCAAACUGAAUCGUCUGAUCUGACCCAUGACUGGAUACAUCAAAUAAUAAUGUAAGACAAAAACGUGAAAUCUGGGUAAUCUGGGUUUAAUCUGGGUUUAAUCUUUAUCAAUCCAAGACACGUGGAGGUAAAAUUCUUUGUCGUCAGUUUCACAAGAUCUUUCAAUUCCAGGAGAUCUGGACCGCAGGUAGGCCAGCGAAAUACACACAGUGUGGAUAAAACUUUAGUACUUUUCUUUUACAAAAUGCCUCCUGUCUACCUGCAAGUAUGUUUCUCAACCAAAAAUGAUUUAAAAUACACAAAAAAUUCUCAAAUGAAUCCAAACUUUUAGCCAUGUGAUUUCAAAACAAUGAAGCCUGAAGUUCUACAUUUGUGUAACCUUAAUUUUCCUCUCAGUAUAACUUUACUCAAGUAUUCCAGUGAUACACCAGGCCCAAAACAUAAAGUAUAAGUUUUUGUAACGUACUCACUAAUUUGGGAACUACCAUUCAACGACGAAGGUUCUGACGAAGACGUGAUGGCACUAAUUUAUGACCCGUGUCUUCAACUGCCUUUAUGGUGUGUGGUGUUCGUGCAACAAGUCCAAAAAUGGGACAAUAAAGAAUUCAAACAGACCAAAGCGCUCUCCUUGACUUCGUUCAUAUUUCACACCACUUGAAUAAACCGUUCUUUUCAUACGGCAAAUGAAUGCAGUAUCAACUCCGCCCGGUCUCGACGGCUGUCCCCCCACUGAGGGAAAGAAAAGGAGACGCUGGCUCUCAUCUCUGAGGGAUGUUCACUGAUCCAAGGAAAUGGGAGACCACCUGGAGGUUCCCAUUACAGUGCACCAUGGGAAACUCACCCGCUGCACCCUGGGAUGAAAAAAUGUUCGCGAGGACGUGCGUGAGAGAAAGAGAGAGAGAGAGAGAGAGACGGCGCGUUUGCGUGUUUUACGUAGUGUAAAUGAGGGGAAGAGGCAGAGACGUGGGUCAGAAUGUGGGCGUCGGACAAAACUUCUUCCUCUAAAAAUACCUAGAUGUUAGAGAAAAACGCCUGAGAGAAAAAAGCAAGAAACUCAGCAGGGGGCAGCAGAGUUCACUCACAGCUCUACAGAUAUGUAAGUAGCUCUGAGGUGUUUCACUGAGUAAACAGUACAGUUAACAAGUUCUAACAAAUGGGUUUUGUUUUUUAAGCUUUACCAAAGACGCGACUGAAACAUCUGUCACGUAUGAACCCAAAGAGGUAAAAAAAUAGUAUCGCAGGUUAAAAAAAAGGAAAGACAGGAUGUUGAAAAUGCACCAAACAGCGAGAAAAGGCUAACUUAUGCAUUUAUGUAAAUUAUUCAUGGACUGGAUAUUAUUUGACAAAGGUCACUAGGAGUAACAAAUCCAAGUUUGGUACGGGUAGCAUCAAAGGGGGGGGUGUCUUCAGUGGUCUGUGACUGCACUGACAGCUGUGGUUUCUGUAACCAUGACUGUGAAAACCAUUGUCACCUGAGGAGAACCAGCUCUCAAUGACAUCAGAACGUCUGUUCACAGAUUUAAUUCAUGUAAAAAAAGAAGAAAAAAACAGCUCUGACCAAAUACUUCUGUAAACCACUGCAGUUCCACGUGAUUUAACACCAUUUAUUCCAUCAGUCACAGAUGAAAUCCAAACACUCAAUGAUGUGUGAAAACAGUACGAGAUACUAUUGUGCGUAUAGAUCAUUUUGUAUCAUAGAAAAAAAAACAAAGCAGUAUUUUAACAAAAAAAUGAUGUUAAAUAGAAAGA